AAUGGUAAGCGAAACCCCCGUAAAUGAAGCACAGCCACCGUCAUCGGCGGCAACUCCUCCCUCAACGAAGCGUCCUCGCGAGGAUGCUAAUGAGGAGGAUCAAGAUUCGCUAACUGCCGCCGAAGUGCAGCCAAUAAAACGUCGGGCAGUGUUAGGGCAGGAUAUUUUGUUCAGGAUAUUGUUGCCGUCGAAACAGAUAGGGAAGGUGAUUGGUAGAGGAGGACACCGUAUUCAGAAGAUCAGGGAGGAGACUAAAGCUACUAUUAAGAUCGCGGACGCCAUUGCGCGACAUGAGGAGCGCGUAAUCAUCAUAAGCUCUAAAGACAGUGAGAAUACUUUUACAGAUGCAGAGAAUGCUCUCCACCAAAUUGGCAGUUUGGUUCUCAUGGAUGAUCAGAAUGUUGAAGGACUGAAAGUUUCAACAGGGCAUGUGGCAGCAAAUACAAUAAGACUAUUAAUUUCUGGUUGCCAAGCUGGUGGUUUGAUUGGGGUGUCCGGUCAAAACAUAGGUCAACUAAGGAAUUCUUCUGGUGCAACAGUUACCGUACUUGCUCAAAAUCAGUUGCCAUUAUGUGCAUCUGCCCAUGAAUCUGAUCGAGUAGUGCAGAUAUCAGGAGAUGUUCCUGCAGUGCUGAGGGCACUGGUAGAGAUUGGAUGUCAGCUAAGGGAUAAUCCACCUAAACAGAUAAUCUCCAUCAGCCCAACCUAUAAUCUAGGUUUCAUUCAUCGUCCACCUCAACAAUACGUGGACCCUUCUUCAGCUGAAUAUGUAACUCUGGAGAUGAUGAUUUCCGAGACAUUUAUUGGUGGAUUGAUUGGGAGAUGUGGAUCAAACAUAUCAAGGAUCAGAACGGAGUCAGGAGCAACAAUCAAGGUUCAUGGUGGGAAAGGUGAAAACAAGCAUAGACAAAUUCAUUUGGGUGGUAGUGCCCAACAGGUUGCACUGGCAAAGCAGAGAGUUGAUGAGUACAUAUACACCCAGAUGAUGCAGCAAACUGGUGGUCAGCAGCCAAUGGGUAAUGAUCUAAUGGCAGCCCAAGCUCCUCCUAUGUUCUACCCACCGGUUGCACCCCAAGCUACUCUGCCUCUGGCCUAUUAUGGUGCACCCAACCCAUAUGCACCACAACUCUAGGUCCAGGUUCAGGUUCAGGUUCCGGUUCCGGUUCCGGUUGUGGGGUUCGGCCUGGCUUGAUGACAAACAUGUCGUAAUUUGAUUGGUUCUGGGGACUUGUGUGUUCAAAUUGGUUGAGAUAGUUUAUUUCUUUCUUUUAUUAGAAUCUUGUGUACAUUAUGAAAUUGGUAUUGAAACAUGUAUCUGAUAUCGAUAGGAUAUGCCAACAACAUACAGCUUCAUUUGAAAUUGCUACUGAAAGUCAUGUAUUUUAAAUUAAUUUUUUUUGGUUGAAAUAAAAUAGGGUGGUUAUUAUA